AUGAACCCCGUCGCAAUGCAGAACCCAACGGAAGAAUUGAUCCACGUCAAGAAAGUAUGGGAUAACAUGAAAGGCAACAGUCCCAUUUACGACUUUCUUCUCGCAAAUGUUGAGAUCAUAUCGGCUACAAAAGGUCUGGUUGUCUCGCGCUUGACGGUGGAAAACAAUCAUGUCAAUUCUCGAGGUACUAUUCACGGUGCAGUGAGUGCAAGUUUGGUCGAUUGGUCUGGAGGUCUUGCGAUUGCUUCACAUGGAUUGGAGAAGUCUGGGGCAAGCAUUGAUAUUCACGUCACUUAUAUUGGGACUGCUCAAUUAGGGGAUGUCUUGAAUAUUGAGGCCACGGCGUCGAAAGUUGGACGAUCACUUGCCUUUACCACGAUUAGAAUCAGUAAGCUAGUUGAUGGCCAGCCAGGACCUAUGGUAGCGACGGCAUCACACACAAAAUAUAUACAAACCAAGUAA